CUUCUAAAAACAUCCCUUCAGGGUCUCUCAGUGGGCAGAAGGGACAUGUGUCUGAGACUCUGCAUCUUUUUAGUUCCCUAUAUCAUAGUUCUCUGUUUCCAGUGUCAAUAGAGAUGUGGAAUUUACCAGUAUCCUCUUUGCCUGCCUACCUCAUUUCCUUCUUCCUCCUCCUCCAACUUCCUUUCAGCUACUCAGGACAAUUCACAGUGAUAGGACCAGCUCACCCAAUCCGGGCCUUGGUAGGGGAUGAGAUUGAGUUGCCAUGCCGCCUUUCACCUGGUAAGAAUGCAACAGGAAUGGAGGUGGGCUGGUAUCGGCCUCCCUUUUCUCGAGUGGUUCACCUUUACCGAAAUGGGAAGGAUCAAGAUGGAGAGCAGGCACCUGAGUACCGAGGACGAACAACACUGAUGAAGGAGGCCAUAGGAGAAGGGAAGGUCGCCCUAAAGAUCCGGCAUGUGAGAUUCUCUGACGAGGGAGGGUACACCUGCUUCUUCCGAGACCACUCAUACCAAGAAGAGGCGGCAAUGGAACUGAAGGUGGAAGAUCCAUUUUAUUGGAUUAACCCUGGAGUGCUGGUUCUGAUUGCUGUCCUGCCCAUUCUCAUCCUGCAAAUCACCAUUGGCCUUGGUUUUCUCUACAUGCAGCACAGACUGAGAGGCAAACUCCAAGCAGAGAUUGAGAAUCUCCACCGAACUUUUGAUCCCCAUUUCCUGAGAGUGCCCUGCUGGAAGAUAACACUUUUUGUGAUAGUGCCAGUUUUGGGACCCUUCAUUGCCAUGAUCAUCUGUUACAACUGGCUACACCGAAGAUUGGCAGGACAAUUCCUCGAAGAGCUAAAAUACCCUUUUUGAGUGAUGUUGGCCUUCCCUUGAAGCAACAGUGAAGAGGCUGACCACCUUGAUUCUUCACUGGAGGGCAGGUCAAUGGCUGGUCUACAAGAGACAUGCGCUCUCCAGCACUCUUCUCCCUCAGGAUUCCUCACCAACUUGCUGAGGAGAGAAGACAUUCAACAUGACACUUGCAGGGUCCUUUCUGGACCUUGGCCCAAUACAGGAAGGAUUCUUUCUUCUUUCUGUUCUCUGUUCUCCUAACUCCUCUUCUUUUGCUCUAUCCAUCUCUACUUUAUUUCUUUCUGAAGUUUCCUUUUUCUUUCCAUUUCUAUCACUUCCUUUAUUUUCUUUGCUCUUCCUUCAUUUACCAUCCCCCUUCUCUGUCCUCUUCUUGACCCUCCACACCAACUUGACUGCCAUUUUACCACUCCAUCUUUAACCCUCAGAGAUGGAUAGAUACCAUGAUCCACUCUUUAUUCCCCUGGAAGAUACCAGCAUCACAAGAGCAGAGAUAUCAACUCUGCUUCAAGGAGUGACCCAGGCCUCAUCCCUAAGCAGAAAUUCCUAUGGGAUCACAUGCAAAUUAGGGGCCCAAUUAAAUUUAAAUGAACAUUCAUUUCUUUGUUCAAAGAACUAGGGCCUGUGUGUAAUGGGGGAAAAGGGAAGUAACCUCGGAGACCUAGAAGGUGAGGCAGCUGCUGGGUCCUGAGGAGUACAUAUGGGAGAGUCUCAGAUAAGAACUGGGAGAUCAUAUAGAUGGGAAGUCAUCUCAAGAAUCCUAGGCUUUAAGUAGCAGACAGUAGCAGAUUAAUGAUAAAUCAGGGUGCUUGGGGAUUAAAAGUGGCUGAGUUCUGUUUCUCUUCUUUUCUAUACCUCCUCUUUCCAUAUGUAUCCUAUCCUCUAUCUAGUCUUCUUUCUCCCUGCCUCCUCAUCUUUCAUCCUUCUCCUUUAUCAAUCUCUUAUUUAUUUAAACACUAUAUUUAUUGAAUGACUACCACAUGUAAAAGAACUGUGCUAGGUGCUGAUUAAUAAUAAUACCAUCCCCUUUCACUCACCCUGUUCCUUCUUCCUUUGUGUGUCUGUUUCCCUUCCCCUCCUUCAUCCAAACACUGUCCUUUAUCACAUCACAGAAGUCAAAGAAGAUCCAUGCUGAUCAGACAGACAUUCUCAUAAAAAAAAAAAAAAAGUAUCAAUACCUUGGACAGAAAAGGCCACUUACUUAUGAGUCUACUGCUUGCCUUUCCUUAGUCCCCUCCUAUUUGCUUUUAACUGUAUUCCCUUCACUUUUUCUCCACACAUACACUUCAUCCCAUUUGUCCACAGACCAUAGCAAGGAAACUGAUAUUCUCUCCGUGUAUAUCAAGGGAAAAGAACAAAAAAAAAUUUAAGGCACUCAUCCCAAGUUACCCAUGGCAGAAACUGAGAUAUUCUUUCCCACCCACCUCAAGUCCUUAUGAUCCUUCUAAUAGUUGAUGAGGUCUUCCUUCUUGUCAAAGCAAAGACCCAGAUGGGGCAGCAAUAUCUUUUUCUCUCAGCAUGUCCUUUGGUGUUAAAUAAGCUCUGAGAAGCUAAAGUCCCUGUUCUGGGAGUAGCAGUGGAUUUGUCCCUUAUUGCACCGCCCCCCCCUGUGACCACAGAUAUGAGCUCUGGCUAAAACUCUGUUAGGAUAGUUGGGUGGAAGAAAAAGAUCAAUGGGCUAGAAGCUUAAGGGUACCAGGUGUGUGCCUCACCUAGUGAUGUCUCUUUAGCUCUGACAUGUCCUAGAAAUCUUUACCACACUGAGAACAGUUGUGAGUAUGGGUGCAGGAGUGAACCUGACAGGAUGAAUUCAGCCUUAUCACACAGAAGAUGGCAGGAUUUUUUCUGAGAUGUGUACAUUCAUGGCAAUUGAGAUCUGAGGCAUACCAGGAUGACAUCUCACACUGGGAGCAGACAUGGAGCCACUCAUCUGAAUGUGCCUUCCAGUGGCUAUCAAAGUGCCAAUGGCCACUGAAGCACUUGACACAGAUGGAGAGGUGUAAGGGCUCUUCUGUGAGGGGAGGGAGGUGGGAUUCUGGGCAUGAGAGCCUACUGAAUGGGAAGUGGUCUCUGGCUCUACCCUUCCCAAGAACAGAGUCAGCAGUCCCUCUCAUCUUCCCAUAUCAGGGCAUAUAUUUGAAAUUCCAGAUACUUACUUUUGGUUCCUAUAGAGGAGUGAAAGGUAAGGAUAAUCAUUACAAGAUGCCAUGUAAUAACACUCCCAACAUAAACUCUCCACUCUAGCCAAGCCAACCUGCUUCCCAUGCCAUAAUUCAUUAUUCCUACUCCCAUGCCUUGGGUAUGUUAUGCACUCUUAGGUCAGUGCCCAAGUCUAUAUUUUAAGCAUAGUUCCAAACUCACUUUCAAGAGAUCUCCCCAUAUUUUCAACCAUCCCAUCCAUCCACCAAUCAAUAAGUAUUUUCUUUGUCUUACAAAAUCAGUUUGGCCAUCUUUCAUCUUGUACCUCUCAGCUACCGUGUGACAACUUUUCAGUUUUCACAUGUUUCUUCCUUCCCCAAACAGGGAUGUGUGAUUUUUUAAGAUUAAGAAAUGUAUGUCUUCUGCUUUCUAUGAAUCUCAUCAAACACCUACUUUUUUUUUUAGUGCAACAAAUACUGGAUAACCAAUAUUGUUGAAACACAAGCUUUAGAAAUCACCAGAGAGGCCUUCACCCAACUUAUUCAAACCAGAUGUUCUAGUAAUCCUUUAGAAGCACAGAGAUCCCACAGUGUCCCUUGACACUUAGUGCCAGGAAUCCUUGCUCUUUAUUGACACAGUAUUCUUCCUGAUGAGAGCUGCCUUUGGAGUAGAGAGACUUGGGAAAGGGGACUGACCACUGGAUAGACCUUGACUCCCAAGUGAAAAAAAAAGAUGAGCUGGAGACAAGAGCUGAGAAAGCAAGAAGACUCAGAAGCUGGAGAGAGAAAUGUAAUCAUGGAUUACAAACAUAGUGCUGGGGCAGGACAGGGCCAACUUCUGAGAAAAAAGCUGAGAGGCUAUCAGAGAGCCUUCACUAAUCCUUUGCUGCAAUUGCAAGAGGUAAAGCUGAAGCCCCAGGCAUCCACAGCUUGGGGUGAUGCAUACCAGCCAAGGGCUGAUCCAGUGACCUUCCACAUCCUACCAAGGCCACUUUUCCUAGCUAGAAGAAAGUGCAAGCUCAUUCAUCUUAUCUGUUACUUUAAAUUUUGAUUUCAUUUACCUACUAUAAAACUCUGUUGGCCAGCAGAAAUGCUAAGAAAGAACAUUUCUUAUUCCAGGGAGAUGUCAAGUUUGGUUUACACUCAGAAAUUAGGAACUAAUUUAGAACAAAAUGGGAGAAUAUUAUUGACCUGCUAUAAGCCUGGCAAACAAAUUCAGAAUUCAUAUAUGAUUUUGCUGGCUGCUGUUUUUGCCAGUUUAUAAUCUAAAGGUACAUGAACCUGAAACUCAAAUGAUGCAGGGAGAUCUGGCCUCCUAACAGGCCAAUACUGCUGUCUAAAAUUAGCUCCCAAGCCCACAGGUUCAGUCCAACCCAAACUUUCCAUCUCCCUAGAAUAAGGAAUGUUCUUUAUCUAAUCCUUUGUUUUAAUGUCUUAAAUAAACUACACAUGGAUUAGUAUUUCUUCUGGCCAUCCAGCAUCUAAAUGGAAAAUAACAGAUAAGGAUUAAACCAGUUUUUACACUCACUGAAGUAUGGAUAAACAGCUUUACAAGGAGGUGGAAGAAGUCACCUGAUGAGUUUCAGGUGGCUGGAUCUCACCUCCCCUGAGCUACAAAUUACUGGCACUGCCAGUCUUGACUACAGAGUGUACUGUGAUCUCAGCGCAGGAUUAAUGUAUACCUUCUGAUAGGCCCUUCUGAUUCAUCUCUCAGCGAGUGCCCCUGAAAUGCUCCAGCCCUGUGCCUCCUACCAGAAAUCUCAUUCACCUCCCAAGCCACUGUCUCCUUCCUGCUUGCUCCAUUUUCAGGCCUCUGGCUUUUUACUCCUUCUAUCCACAUAUCUUUUUUCCAAAAGUGAGUCAAGAUUAUUUUCUGUCCAGUAGUCAGGCUUCUCCCUCAAAUCUCUCUGCUCUAAAAGCAGGUUACACUUAGGUCUGACCUGAGUUGUCCUUGCUGCUGAAUGAACCUAGUUUUGCACUAUGCUUGAUGAACGACUUAAUACUUCCUAAGUACAAUAGUGGGCACAGGCAGGAUAUACCUAAACAGCUAAGUGGCACAGUGGAUAGAGUGCUGAGCCUGGAGUCAGGAAGAUAUGAGUUCAAAUCUUGCCUCAGAUACUUAUAACUGUGGGACUCUGAGCAAUACCAUCUUCUCCCUCAGUUUCUUCAAUUACAAAAUGGUAAAUAACAUACUUACUUCCCAGGGUUGUUGUGAGGAUUGAAUAACUUAUUUGUAAAGCACUUAGCAUCAUGCUUGGCACAUAGUAAGUACUAUGUAAAUGCUAGUUAUUAUUACUAUUAUUAUCAUUAUAUACACUUGGUGGGUUUUCCUGAAUGACCCUUAAGAUGUUGCUCAGGCAACAGCACCCUAUACAUGGCUCAUGGGCCUGCUUUCUACAAGACUAUAGAAAAGCAGGUUGUCAGUUUAAUAAUUAAUCAUUGAGGGAAAGCUCACUGGUCUUGGUUCAAUAGAGGUCUCGG